GGAUUUGGUUGAUGGUCGACAACCCGCCAUCAUGGACUGGCACGACAAAUGGAUACCUAUUUUCGCUGUCACGAUUGCCAUGAUCAUGUUACCACUUGUCGUCGUUCCUCUACGCUGCUACAUCCGAAUCACGAGGCGUUCAUUCAAGAUCGAUGACUGGCUCAUUAUUGCGGCACUAACAUUUCAUCUUGGAGCUUGUGCGGUCACACUGUGGGGAUUUGUGUAUGGUCUUGGUAUGCCUGACAAGGUUCUCAGCCUUGAGAAUCAGAUGAAAGGUGUUCAGCCAAUAUAUACGCUAGCAACCUGCUUGAUCAAAUGCAGCGUCUGCUAUACCUUCCUCCGCUUGUCGACAUCACCAAAAAUCAGACGAGCACUACACUGGAUCUUGAUUAUCGUCAGCUGCUCUUCGCUCGUCAUGUUCAUCGGAUCUUUUGUCUACUGCGUACCUUACCCAGCCAUCUGGAUGCAUUGGCAUCAUCCUCACACUCCUGGAUACUGUUUGCCUGGAGCCGUGGUGCUGACAGUCGGAUACACUUUUGCAUGCACCACUAUUUUCGCCGACUUCGCAUGCGCCAUAAUCCCUGGGAUCAUCCUAUGGCAGACGGUCAUGAGCACGAGGAAUAUGGUCGUGGCAUGGUUCGUCUUGGGCUUGGGUGUUUUGGCAGCAGCAAUGACAAUUUGUCGCUUGCCUUACAUAGCCUACUGGACACAUGAGACUGAUAUAAUCCUCCUUUUUGAGCUCCUAGAGUGUGGAAUCGGCAUAUUUGCCUCUUGCGCACCGGCACUGAAGCCAUGGUUCUCGGCCUCCAUGAGCUCUUUGACAUCUUUGCUGCACCGCUUGACAAAGUGGACAACACUAGAUUCGCAUAUCUCGGCCUCCAAUCACAAAUACCACCAUCAUCUCCAGGACCUCGAAAAGGCAGAGCAUGGCGAACAAGCACCAUCUGUCGAUCCAGCAUCCGCUGCCACAGCACCGCCUGUUCCUCGUAUGGACCUUGUGAUCCCUGAUAUCGAAGACACUAUCAUGGAUACGGUGAUGGAUGGACAAGACAAGGGAUGGGAUGGUUAUGAAACUCCAGCACAAGAUAGCAGGCCGGGUUCAAUCCCUGUAAUAAUCGUCUCGAGGAUCCGGGCGGAGAGCGGGGACUAUACGAAUACUUGGGAUAUCGUUAGGGAGGGAGACGAUGAUGAGAAUGGUCGUCCUUCUCGAGUA